UCUCCCCCAAUUUUAAAAUCUAACCCUAACCCCAAAUCCACCUACCAGUGCAACGAGAAACGGACCACAGACGGCAGAGAAGAAUCAAACAAGGUGCCGGCAAAAAUACGCGACAAGGAGGGGUGCGAAAUCGCCGGAGACGGAACCAAAAGAGGUGGGUCUACUUGCCGGCGGAUUACCACCAUUCGACUCCUCUCUCCACGGCGAACAUUUUGAGCCGUCAACCUUCUAUUUUGGGAACUCCGCGACGAGCGACGUCUUCCUCUUCUAGCGCCUUCUUUUCUCAUUUCCUCUGCCGUCUGAACUAAUCUGAGGCCGUCGUCUGCAAUAAGGAAGGCGACUGCUAUGGUGUCGGCCAAGCACGAAGCGAACAGGUCUUCUGCUGUUACAAAGUUCAAGUUUGGCAUGCUCGUGGAAUUGACUGUUGCUGCUCCUCUCCUGGUUUGUGGAGGAGUCCAUUUCCUGUAACUAUGUCUUCUUCUGCGAGAGUUCUCUGCCCCCUCCAAAAUUCUGCUCCAGCAGACGAUUGGACUGUUGUCUUGCCGCGCCGAGGGAAGAGGAAUUUUAGUUCUCACAAGUUUGUGAUUCCAGAAAAACAAAAAGAAAAGCAACCUUGGGCUCCAAUAGAUGUUGAAACAGACACCAAAAGAGAAUCAAACUUGAUGCAAAAGAUGCAGAAUUAUAUACAGAAACUUGAGAAUACUGAAUUCUGUCUUUCUUUCUUCGACCAAAUGCAAAGUCCUGAAAUGACGAGUAGGUUUCUCAAGGCCUUGGGUUCAGAAGAAAAGGUGCAGAUGGUGAUAUAUGGUAUUGGUAGCAUUGAAUCAUUUGAACCCCCUCGAUUGCAGCUCAGUCUUGCACUUUUGAUGAAGAGGAAAUUUGAUUGGAUUGGAGCAAUAGAAAUAUUCGAUCCGAUAAUUUCUUUGACUGAAUUUAAGGUCUUGACAUCUCUGGGUUGUUCCGUGCUAUCCAUCAAUGAGCAAGGUCGCCGACGGGCGCUAAAACCUACAAUGUUCUUCAUGCCACAUUGUGAGGCAGAGCUAUAUGACAAUCUCUUGGAAGCAAAUUGGAGGGUGGAUCGACUGAAGCGGCUUUUAUUGUUUGGGAAUAGUUUUAGUGCGUACGAGCAGCAUGUAUCAAUCUGCAAGAGUUUAGACCAUAUCUUGUCUGUCAGGAGAUUCACUGAAGAGUUUAGGGUCAAUACCUUUUCUGAUGAUUCUUUUCGAGCCUUUCAUGGUUCAAGUUGGCAUUUUUUCAACCCUGUUACUGAGGCAGAAUUGCAUUUGGCAAAUGACAGUUGAGUUUUUAGAUUAAGACCUUGAUUUAUAUGGUAGGCAUAAUUAUACUCUUAGCCCAUGUUUGCUUUGCCCCGAUUGGUUCGUUUAUCAUGACUAAUCACAUGUUUGGUUAGUAUUAUUAGAGCCCGAUAUUAAAAUCAGGCUCAGUUUUAUUAAUCACAGUGGUAUUAUGAAUUAAGCCUGUUUUACCCUUGGAA